AUGAAUCGGAGUGGUGAGCAACAAUGUAUCAAAUUGUUGGAGCUCUUUGAUUGGUAUUUAUUAUGUGGUACGUGUAGUUACGAAUACAAACAGCACGCGGGUGAUUUAAUGCAGGCAUUGGUCGUUUCAAAAGUUACCGAGGACGGCGACAGACAACCUGAGCUGGCGCCCGAUGCCGAAAGAAUUCAAAUAAUUUAUCAUAGCAGUGUUUCUUUACGCACUCAUAACAUUGCUUUGCCACACGACCAAAUCGUUGAUUAUAUGAAUGCCUUUCGUGAUAUUGCCGUUACCAUUACGAAUACCAAUUAA